UUCACGAUCUCGCGGUCUGCGGUGUGGACUCGGCCACGCGAUCGGUUUCCCCUAGAAAAGUGAGUUUUCCGCGCGGGAGUGACCGGCUUUUCCGCCCGUUUUCCACGUGUCGGACCCGGAAAGUGCGAUUUCGAUAGUGACGGCUCCGGUCUUGGAAUUUCUAAAAAAUCUUCGACUUGGAACCGGUUUGCUUUGUGUAUCGCUCGUCUGGUGGCUUUUUGGGAGUCCAGUGCGGUGGUUCGAUCGGUCACCGUUGGAUUUUGUUUCCGGCAAAAUAGCGUCCCGGGAGCUGGUGAAUUAGUGAAGGUGUUACACCUGAGUGAUUUAUAAUCGGUUCGCGGUAACUGUUUUUCGCGCGAAUUUGCGAUCACGGUUGUGAAUUGGUCUGUGUUAGAACACGCGGAAUUACCUGCCAGAAAUUCUGAAUUUUAGUUCCUCGCAGUCUCUUCCGAAAUAAAACGUCGUUCUUUUCCACGCUUGAAUAGAAGUGAAAAUAUUACUGUGUUCCUCGCCAUAUAAUUAAUUUUCGCCGAUAAAAUCGCGAAGAGGGCUUAAACAUUUCGCCAGAAGCGCGCUUUUCCAGAAGAAAUAGUGCUUUUCUCAGAUCUGCUAGUUCAACCGCUUGAAUCGCCGAAAGGCGCAGAAAUUUUCCCUUCAGAGCAUUUUACUUAGAGAUACAGUGACAUUUUUCGUGCUCCGCAAAACGCUGGUCUCCACCAACUAAAUUGACAAAUCGCAGAAAAAAUCUUUGAAAAAAGCACUUCCUCCUCCAAAAUGCUCACUCGGUAACAGUAUUAAUUGCACCCAAAAGUGCAGUGAACUUACUUUGAAGAGUAAAUGCACGGCGCGAAGAAAUGUUGGAAGCACGCCUCACGCCGCCCGCUAUCCUAGCCGUUGCAAUGGUCUUCGCCGGCCUGACGAUAGGGUGCGCGCGUAGCAACGAAUCCUACAUCGACUCGCUGGUGUACCGACCUCCAGGAGCCAACGCCAGCGCGCCCGCCCCGAACGAGAUCUCCAUCGGCGAGGAGAUCGUGCUCUCCUUCCUGAAACGCUUCAUCGGACCGGAAAAGGUCAAAAAGUCAGAGAAACCUGGCUUCCUCGAGGGUUUCGGCCGCCUCGUCAAAAGCGUCGAGGAUCUCCUGAGCCACCGGCCCAAGACCUACAGCGUCGUCACCGAAAUACCCAUUUCCGGUGGGGAACCGGGAAAAGACGAAGAGCGACCGGAAACGCGCAGAGUCGCCCGGGGAACGGAUGGACUCCGACCGGAAACGGAUGUAAUUCGACCGGAAAUGGACGGAGUUCGACCGGAAACGGAUGGAGUUCAACCGGAAAUGGACGGAGUUCGACCGGAAACGGAUGUAGUUCAACCGGAAAUGGACGGCGUUCGACCGGAAUCGGAUGUAGUUCAACCGGAAACGGACGGAGUUCGACCGGAAACGGACGGAGUUCGACCGGAAACGGAUGUAGUUCGACCGGAAACGGACGGAGUUCGACCGGAAACGGACGGAGUUCGACCGGAAACGGACGGAGUUCGACCGGAAACGGACGGAGUUCGACCGGAAACGAACGAGAAGCGAUCGGAGGGUCGCGGCAAGGUGACGGACAUGAUGUUCAGCCCGUACAUGCUGAUCCCGCAGCUGAUAAUGCUCGGGUUCUCGCCGAUCGUGCUGGCGAACCUGAAGAUGUUCGUGAUGCAGACCCUGAUGAUGAACCAGAUGGCGUUCUCGGCGGCCCUGUGGAUGACCAUCCGGAACAUGGUCUUCGGACCGAGCCCCGAGCCACCGGUCAAGUACUACAAUUUCGGCUACGAGAAGCCUCACCACGCCCACCCGCACACGCACCACAGUCAUCGGAGGCGGAGCGUGCCCGGUCGGAGACGGAUCGACAAGUGACCUUGAGGAAUAUGUCAAGGUCACCGCAAGUUAAUGUAAUCUGACAAUGACCCAGAGGUGGAUCCAGCAAACUGGCAACAUUGUUUUUCCUCCAU